AUGCCAAGUUUGAAGGACAUAUCUCCCGUGAUUCCGAAAGUUGGUGCUAUCGGCGAAAGUUCCUUACUCCAGAGGAGAGCUAAUUCCAGGGAGCAAUUGGAUUACUCGUAUCACAAGUAUGACAGUUACGAUGAUGUUUCUUUGGGACCUAGUAGUCCACAGCUACCACCCAAACCGUUUUUCUUGGAGAAACCCAACAGGCUUACCAACAUGUCGAGGGACAAUAUGAUAUGUUCCAAAUGUGGAGAUGGUUUUGAACCCGAAGAAAAAAUCGUUAAUUCUACGGGACAGUUGUGGCAUCAGCAUUGUUUUGUAUGCGCCCAGUGCUUCCGUCAGUUUGCAGAUGGCGUCUUUUACGAAUUCGAUGGUCGCAAAUACUGUGAGCAUGACUUCCAAGUGCUUUUUGCACCAUGUUGCAAUCAAUGUGGCGAAUUUAUAAUUGGACGGGUCAUCAAAGCCAUGAAUGCCAGCUGGCACCCAAAAUGCUUCAAGUGUGAAAUGUGCUCCUUGGAGCUGGCUGAUACGGGCUUCAUCAAAAAUGGAGGCAGAGCUCUAUGUCACGAGUGUAAUGCCAAGGUUAAGGCUGGAGCAUUAGGCAAAUAUAUAUGCAAUAAGUGCCAUGCUAUUAUCGAUGAUCAACCCUUGAAGUUUAGAGGUGAGGUGUACCAUGCCUAUCACUUCAAUUGUUCUGCAUGUGGUGUUGAACUGGACAGCAGUGCUAGAGAGGUUAGAAACAGAUCUGGAUUUGCUAAGAACGAAAUGAACGAACUGUAUUGCUUGAGAUGCCACGAUAAGAUGGGUAUUCCAAUCUGUGGAGCCUGUAGAAGACCUAUCGAAGAACGUGUCGUUACUGCUCUUGGAAAACAUUGGCAUGUUGAGCAUUUUGUUUGUGCUAAAUGCGAGAAACCGUUCUUUGGUCAUCGUCAUUAUGAGAAGAAAGGUUUGGCUUAUUGUGAAACUCACUACCAUCAACUGUUUGGGAAUCUGUGCCAUGUAUGUAACCAAGUUAUCGCUGGAGAUGUGUUUACUGCCAUGAAUAAAGCCUGGUGCGUCCACCACUUCGCCUGCUCGGUGUGCGAUCAGAAAAUGAACCAAAAGACGAAAUUCUACGAAUACGAUUUGAAGCCGGUAUGCAAGAGAUGCUAUGAGAAGUUCCCAACUGAGUUACGAAAGCGUCUAAGACGACAACAUGAAGCUACGCCAAGGAAACCUGGUACACCGGUACCAACUUAA